AUGGCAUCCAAAAUUACACUCAGAGAUUUGUUCAGCACUUCAAAGAGUACUUCUUCCGCUAAGAAGACUCCUCGUGCACAGCGCCCAAGCAACUUUAUCGAAAAUCUUGAUGACGACAUGGAUCUAAGGGCCGAGGAUCGAAUCCAUUUCAUUGAAAGAAUGGAACGCGGCGAAAUGGUCGAGGAUGCUUUCCAACAAUACAAGAGAAAGUAUCCCAAUCAAUGGAACAAGCUCAGAUGGGAGGCGAGCCAUAAAGAUCACAAUGAGACAUACGAUGAGCCUUCCGAAGACGACGCCGAAUCAGUUCAUAUCGAAUGGAGUGAAGGAACAAUCAAGAAAACCUCGGAGAGUAAUCGCAGCGGUCUUAAACGUCCUAUUUCUCCAAUCAAGAAAACUCGCCAAGACAAGAUGACCAAGGGAAUUGCGGUUACAAAGAAGGCUUUGUGUUUUGGAUCGCCCACUCCUGAGGAGUGA